AUACAGGACCCCCAGGGCUGAGCGCACCUUCGAGAACUGGUUGGACGGGUACCAGGUCUUUAUGGGUGUCGUUUGCGCUGCCUAUCCACGGCGCUCCAUGGAUUUGGUUGCCUACCUGGCUCACGUAAGGCGGGCUCACUCCCUCGCAGGGGAGCAAGCGGCGCUAACAUAUGAUGAGAACUUUCGUAGAAAUGCUUCUCUCCUACCAUCCACCCGUUGGGACCUGACUGACCCGAACUACUGGGGCGAGGACGUCAACCCCUACAUCGAUAAGAAAAAUUUAGCUUCUGCCAAGGCGG